CUCGCUGGAGGAGCUGGCUGUGAGUGACAGCGAGAAGGAGGCCGGGCCGGAGGAGGAGGGCCCGAUGGGCGAAGAGCAGGUAGCAGACUUUGCAAGCUCCCUGCUGGCGGCGCUGCACGGAUGGCACAUUCGGGACAAAGCUUUGCUUUUUUCCCGGGGCCGCACGAGCAAGGAGCCCAGGGGCAGCCUGGAGGCAGGGAGCCAUGAAAACCACAACAGUGCAGAGACGGUCUCGGCCAGCCUGGAGGCCAUCCCGGAGCCCGACGCCCUCUCUGAGGAAGAGCCCCCGGAGGAGCCCCCGUUGGUCCCCAAGCCAGCCCUGCCGGCCCAGCAGAGGGAGACGGAACAGGAGCAGGGCCCGGAGCCAGCCCCGGCGGAGAGCACGGAGCCUCCCAAAGCCCUGAGCAGCGAGGAGGAGGAGGAGGAGGAGGAGGAGGCCGGGCAUUAG